CUGACCCUCAGUAAGCUGGCGGCCGCUGUUCCAUACCUGUUCUACUCCCUGGUGCUGGUUGCCGUCGGCCUCUCACGGAUCUUCAUUCUGGCCCAUUUCCCUCACCAGGUCAUCGGCGGGUUAUUGGCCGGUGUUCUUCUUGGGGUCUAUCUGAGUCGCUCUGUUCCGGAAUCACACUCCUUGCUGUUCUUCCUGCGCAUUAGUGCGGGUCUACUGGUGGGAACGCUGGUAUUCCACACCGCCUUGGAGAAAAUGGGAAUCCCGUUGUCUUGGUCAGUGGCACUGGCCAAAAAAUGGUGCUCCCACCCUGAAUGGGUCCGCCUGGACACCAACCCUUUCUCCUCCCUCAUGCGGGCCUGUGGGGCCUUGAUAGGCCUGGGGCUUGCCCAGUCCUGGAAGCCUGGCGGAUGGAGCCUUCCCUGGGCACCUCGGGCACUCUGCCUGGCCCUCUCGGCCAUGACCCUCCACCACAUCAACCGCUUCAGCCUCCCCGGAGCGUACCCGGUCGUCUUCUACGCGCUGUUCUUCAUCAAAUACACCAUCGUGCCGCAGGUCGUCAUGCUCUUCAUCCCCGGCCUCGUCCAUUUUCUCACCGCCAAAGCCAAGAAGGACUGAACACUGCUCAGGGCACGACCUGGAGCAUGGUCUUCAACUGGCAUUGCUUGAGGGCAUCGAAAGCGGAUGCCGUUCAGCGGCUUGCGUUUGAAUGCACCGAGUGCUUUCACAGCAUCACAGCCUAAGAAAUUCCAUAUAAAAGACACUCAAACAUCCACAUUGGCUCAUCUCUUCACGAACUACACAAGGGUUGGCGACGUGUAGCUUUGUUGCUUUUUCCGUUCAAAGUGACAGCGAUUUUAAUAGCAGAUUUCAGAGUUCACUGUAGAUCGUUAGUUAAGGGGUUGGACCUGCCUUGCUAUUAAUGCUGGCUGGCACCAUUUAAUGGUUUGUAAAGAUAUUUUCUCAAACCAUUGUUUCAUCACUUAAGUCAAUAGAGACCAGCUCCCCCCCCCCACACACACAGUGUUGGAGGUAUGUACAAAACAAUGCACUAAAUAAAUGUAAAUUACAAAUUGAACAAAGUACUGAUUCGAGUAAUGCCAAACUCCUUCAUCAGGUGAAUACUUUCAGGAACUCUGUUUGGUUAUCUGUAUGAUGGUCUCCCCCUACUGGUAGGGAUAUAGCAUUGCUCCACAACCCUUUUAGCCAGGAGCGAAGACUGUGGUGGUGAAGACCGUCAUAAAGACUAAUGCAAUUUGUGAUCACCUGCAAAAAUACGUUUCAGAGGAGUAAAGUAACCGGCUUUGUCUGUGUUAGAACUCCGUUGGCACACAGAUAGACAUUUUUUGCUGUGCAUGUCAAGUUCUUACCUACAAACCUUUUGCAAAUUAGUGCCAAAAUGUCCUUAUGAGGAAACUCUGUGAUUGACUCUCAGAUGUUAGUAAGCUAUCAGUGAGGACAAUGCUAAUUUAACAUGACAUUCAUGACCAUUAUUCUUGCUGCUUUAUCUGAUAGGAACCUGAAUCAAUUAACAUAAGAGUGAAUGGUUGCAUUGGUUAUGCAGUGGUGUCUUUAUGUAGUAAGCAGUUACCUUGAGUGUAUAAAGAAACAGAUUCCCAUGAUGUCACAUGAUAAAAACACAUUCGGUUUUAUUGGUUUCUGUUCAACUGUUUUUUUUUCUUUCACUUUUUUUUUUGUGUCACAGCGCUCAGAAAGCUCACAUGUACAGACAAUAGAACUCUGUCCAGCAAGCAGUUACAAUGAACUCCAAACCAAAGUCAAAAUGAAAGGAAAUAAAACCGAAGCUGUCCCAGUU